AUGUCUCCAGUACGAUUCACCAACAAACUUGCAGGUCAACGGGUCCUCCUAGUCGGUGGCACAGGCGGCGUCGGAAUCAGUAUAGCACAAGCUCUUCUCGAGUAUGGGGCAUUCGUCACUCUUUCAUCGUCACGAGAAACCAAGGUCAAGGAUGUCUGUGCUGCACUCGUCAAGGACUAUCCCGAAGCCAAAGAUCGAGUUUCAGGUUUCGCCUGCGAUUUAGCCAGCCCCAAUGUCGAGUCCAAUAUCGAAGAGCUCUUCAAGAAAGUUGGCGAGAUCAACCAUGCCAUCUACAUUGCUGGUGAUCGUCUGCCUACAAUUCCUCUGGAGGCCGUGACGCUCGAGAAAUGGCAGAAGUGCAAUCGAGUCCGAACCAUUGCUGCCAUUAGGACCGACGCUCAUCCAUUGUCUUGUCCGGGGGGUCUAUCUCUGAGAAACCAAUUGCUGUUGGCUUUCGACCUUGCUCCGAUUCGAGUCAAUGCUGUGGCUCCUGGUGUCAUUGAGACGGAUUUGUGGCAAGGAUUGGGUGAGGAGGGUAGGAAGGCUUUCUUUGCAGAUCACCAGAGCAAAAUCCCCACGGGAAAAGUUGGACAGCCGGAAGAUUUGGCUGAAGCAUACCUUUAUUGUCUCAAAGACUUGAAUGCGACGGGCAUUGUUGUCCAUUCCACAUUCUUGAAGUAG